GGUUCCCUGUGUUGUUUAGAACCUUAAAAUGGCGGACGAAAACGUUGGAAACAGCUGAAACAUAAAGCUACACUUUAGGUGUAUGUCUGAUCAUGGACUCAGAGGAGGUUUUGACCAUCAAGGUUCGCGACCUCAACCCUCAUGUUGUGUGCAGCUUGUGUGCCGGSUAUUUCAUAGACGCGACCACAAUAACGGAAUGUCUCCAUACAUUUUGUAGGAGCUGCAUUGUCAAAUAUCUUCAAACCAGUAAAUACUGUCCGACCUGCAAUCUUAAAAUUCAUGAAACACAACCGCUUGUCAACCUCCAGCUUGACAGGACCAUGCAAGAAAUAGUACUGAAAGUCAUUCCCAAUCUAUUUAGAGAUGAAGAAAGAAGAAGAAAGCAAUUCUAUGCAUCCAGAGGACUACCAGACACAAAGGCACACAUUACAUGUAAAGAUCCUGACUUACAAAAGACACAGUCAGCAAAUUUCACUCAAAAGCGUGAUUUUUCAGAAUGUAAGAACAGCUACAGAGAUGAUGAACUAGUUUCACUAUGUUUGGAGAGACUGGGGUUUUCAGAUAAUGAAGAAGCUGAAGCAAGUGACGUUGAAGAUGAUAAGCAUAGUGAAACACCUUCAAAACAUUCUAAGUCACUCAGCAAGAAACACAUUCGUUGUUCUGUGAGAACAAUGGUCUUUCACCUACAAAAAUACCUCAGAACCAGGCUAAAAAUCCCACCCGAACAGCAGGUUGAAAUAUUUUGUAACGAUCACAUAAUCCAUCCAUGUCGGACAAUGAAGUUUAUUUGGAUUUCAGAAUGGMUUGACAGGGCKCCACCCAUUGUCCUGCACUAUGAUAUCAUAGGCCAAUAAAACCACGUGAUCAGAUGAAUGCAUUAAAACGCUUGUUUAAAUAGGACAUAGCUUGGUCGGAAUGGAGUGGAAAAGAAGUUAUAAAUUGUAAAAAAAGAAAUGAUUCAUUGAUAUUUCAGUUAAACCUGGGGCAUUCCCAGAAAAAGAUUCUGGCAACAGCGAGAGUUUGUUCAUUUUUCCACCUGCUUUUGUUAGUAACACCUUCCAGACUUCCAUAUUAUUUUGGGCUGCAUAAAAUCRCAAUCUUUGCUCUGUUGGUUGGUGUUGAUGUACCAACGUAGCCCACACUUGUUGAAGAGCUGAUAUUUGGUCCAGGGAUUUUUUUAUCUACUUGACUUCCUGAUGAAAACGACGUCUAAAAGGCUUGGGUAGUAAUUCACUGAUUCGUUUUACYCUCAAGUGUUUGUUACUCUAAUAAACGUUAUUUAAGUCA